CCUUCCUCCUGGCGUGAACCAGUUACAGGAUUCCGUCACUUCACACGAGAAGUUGUUUCACAUGUGGUCUCUCUGCAGGAGGACACGGCUCUCUGUUCCCAUGUCGCCAGCUUUGAAGGACUGACAUCUUCCACCACCUCGUGCCACUUCCUGCCGCCACCAUGGGCCCCUCGGGGAGCGUGCUGAGCGGCGGGCAGAUGCAGAUCGCCCUGUGGGGGAGCUUGGCGGCCGUGGCCACUUUCUUCCUCAUCGCCUUCCUCAUCUUUCUGUGCUCCAGUUGUGACAGAGAAAAGAAGCCGAGACAGCAUAGCGGGGACCAUGAGAACCUGAUGAACGUGCCUUCGGACAAGGAGAUGUUCAGCCGUUCGGUUACUAGCCUGGCCACGGAUGCUCUUGUCAGCAGUGAACAGAACGGGGCCCUCACCAACGGUGACAUUCUUUCAGAGGACAGUACUUUGACCUGCAUGCAACAUUACGAGGAAGUCCAGACCUCGGCUUCGGAUCUCUUGGACUCCCAGGACAGCACAGGGAAGCCAAAGUGUCAUCAGAGCCGGGAACUGCCCAGAAUUCCUCCCGACAGCGCAGUAGACACGAUGCUCGCUGCGCGAAGUGUGGACGGGGAGCAGGGUCCGGGGAUGGAAGGACCCUAUGAAGUGCUCAAGGAUAGUUCCUCCCAAGAGAAUAUGGUGGAGGACUGCUUGUAUGAGACUGUGAAGGAAAUUAAGGAGGUGGCCACAGCCGCACCCCCGGGGAAGGGCCAAGGUGGCAAGUCAAAGUCGACCUCCGCUUUGAAGGAGCUCCCGGGGCCCCAGACCGAUGGCAAAGCGGACUUUGCUGAAUAUGCCUCCGUGGACAGAAACAAAAAGUGUCGACAAAGUGUCAAUGCGGAGAGUCUUCUUGGAAAUGCGUGUGAUCCAGAAGAGGAGGCCCCACCGCCUGUCCCCAUUAAACUCCUGGAUGAAAAUGAAAAUCUUGAGGAGAAGAUAGAGCAGAAGGUGGGAGAAGAAAGAGCCGCGGAGGGGACCAGCGAAACCAACAAGAGAUUUAGUUCAUUGUCAUACAAGUCCCGGGAGGAAGACCCGACUCUCACGGAAGAAGAGAUCUCGGCCAUGUAUUCGUCAGUACAUAAACCCGGACAGUCAGGGAAUAAAUCAGGACAGUCGCUUAAAGCACCCGAGUCCACCUACACUUCCAUCCAAGGAGCUGCCCAGACGUCCCCCUCUUCCUGCAAUGAUCUCUAUGCUACUGUUAAAGACUUUGAGAAAACUCUGAACAGCAUCAGCACGCCUCCACCAGCAGGGAGACCCGGCCAGGAGCCCGAGCCCGAUUAUGAAGCAAUACAGGCUCUAAACAGAGAAGAGGAGAAGGCCACCCUGGAGCCCAAUGGCCACCACGGUCUUGUCCCGAAGGAGAAUGACUACGAGAGCAUUGGCGACUUGCAGCAGAGCAGAGAUAUCACCAGGCUCUAGCAACACAGAAGACAACCCCAGACGUCGUGUGACCAGCCAGUUGGGCACCUUUCUUCUGUGGAAGAUAAGGAGCCAUAUCAACCUACACUUCCUAUGCUGCUUUAGUAAACUGAAGACAAUUGGAGAUUUGGUGACUGUUUCCCAGCUUCGGGAACACUGAGGUACGCACCUGGCUGCACACGAGUGUGCCCCUGCCUGCCGGGGGCACUGGCACGCCCAAGCACAUCUCCCUCAUGCACCCCGCCCUCUGGAAAGAUGCCAGCUGUCAGUGGGUUCGUCCUAUUAGUGAGGAAAGCCAAGACGUAAGGAAGAACUACACUCAUCAAGAACCACAACUCACCUGCCCAAAAUACUGCCGUUCAGAAGAGCCGGGAUCUUCUUCCUUUCUUCCCUUUCUGCUACUGAUGUUAAAAUGUAUGGCUUUUUUCCCCCUUGAGAUCUUCAGAUUUCUAAUGGUUCGUUCCAAGGAAAUUCUCCCAUAAGGCUUGGUCUUCGCCUUCAACGUAGGUGUUUCAGGACGGUCAGAAACUGUGGUUGCUGGUUACCGUCAGCUCGCCAGUGCUCUUCAGGGGCUGCAGCCGGGAAUCGGAACCCGCAGGUGGACAGGACUGGAGCCGUCCCUGGCGUUCCUGAGGUCUUCAUCCUUUCUGAUUUUGGCACUCUAUGUCAGCAGCCUUUCCCAAAGUACUUGAAGUCAUUUUGAGAUGUUUUGUUUUAUUUUUCUAGUCCAAAUGUUUUUUUCCCCCCAGUAUUUGAAACUCUUCAGAGCCUCUUCAGUAUUUUCAACGACUAUUGCGGUACUUCUGCACUUGUUUUAACCCAGAGCUCACUCCUCCAAAACAGAGAGCCUUAAUCUCUAUGUUGGCACACAGCCCACAUAUUUGGAUGGCAGCCACCGUGUCCAUCUCUGAAGGGCUGUGGACUUGCAUGUGUGUUUCUGUGCUGCCACACCAACAGUGUGGGAUUCACAGGUGAACUGCUCCCCUAAGGUAAUCUAUCUAAAAUUAAAAUGUAAACAUUUAUUUUUGUUAUAUAAAUUUAUAACAUGUUUUAUGUUUAGCACCUAAUUUCUAGAAAGUGCCGAAAAAAAUAUAUAUUAACUAUUUUGAUUUUAUGUACAAUGAUUUAUACUCUCGUUUUGAAAAGACACCACAAAGCACAUAAGGUAGAUAAUUACAAGUAGUUGUUAAUCUUUUUUCUAACCAAGUGUUUAAAACAUUGAAGGUUUUUAAAGACUCAACUUUUCAACUGGUACUUGGAGCUCCUGGGCAAAUCAUCUGACUCACUGGAGAAAUAAGUGUAAUAACCAUAAAUGAUAAUUUUCAGUGGUUUGUGGUGGACGAUAUUGAACUAUUUGAAAUGGUAAAAAUGGAAAGAACAA